GUUUCACAUCUCGCUCACAAAUCAUCACAGAUCCCCUGCUAUGGAACGAAAACGAUGGCGAAGAGCUUGGAUGAACUCAUCGAGUUUUUACUCGGUGAGAUAGCACUGAGUGGACUUUCCGGUCUCACCAUCGAUGGCCUCGCGAAAGCUGUGUCAUCGUUUUAUGAUCCCACUCACCUACUAGAUGCCAACGAUGCUACUGCAGAAGAUCUUUUCAAGUCCGAGUCCAGGGUCAACGUCGACCGGCUCCUGCUUGGUAAGAUCUGGACAUGGCUUGGUCGACAUCCGGACAUUUCUCUUGGCGAUAAUAAAGAGUACAACAACAUACCGCUGGAUCAGAUAGAUGUCGAGUUUGCCAGAGACGCUGUCAAUGAAAACCUGAACCCAGUCGACCAAUCGCAAAAUCUUGGGAGCCCCCCAGAACACAGCCGACAACCUGAAUCCCUUGGGGUGGACCAGAAGAAACGAGUUCCAAGCGAAGCGCCCAGGAUCCGGGCUAACGAGGACCGAAUCUACCAGGCUCUCUGUGGACAUCCUCCGGACGUCACCAAAGUAGCGUCUUUGGAAUUCGAUCUUUUGGCUCAGAUUGCUGCGACACGGUCAGAUGGCAUGUUACAAGGUGAACUUAUCAGGUUGACGGGUCAAGACAAGCGCUCGGUUCCUAAGCGUACAGACGCAUUGCAGCACAAAGGCUAUAUCAUCAAAGAAGUGGUUUAUCUCAAAGGCAACCGGACGAGUCGCCUUACAUUGAAGAAAUUUGCUCCAUCCAAGGCCUAUGAUCCGGAUGACAUUCAUCGCCAAGGUGGACAGCCUCUAAAAGGCUCAACAGUGCGAGAUGCUGUUCGGAGAAUCUUUGACGUUCUUUCACAACAGCAUCUUGUUUCCCAGACACAGCUUGCACAGCAAUUGAACCUUGAAUCCGCUGCCGAAUCCACCGUUCUGGGUAGGAUUCUUCGGCGCCUUGAUCGAUUGAAAUGCCUGAAAAGAGUGAAAACUGCUAUCGGCCCCUCGGCGACUUCUGGAGAUGUGCAACCGUUUGUUCAACUUUUGCAUCGUCCUAGUCCUGAGGACUUGCAGAACCUCGAAGUGAAUGAUCUGAAACUAGAUUAUACUAUACAACAUCUGUCCUCGGUACUUGAGCCAGGGUCUUCCGAUGAGCUAGGUGGAAGCCUUUCAGUCUCUGAGGCUCCAGGGACUGCGCCACAUCUUGCAAGAUGGAAUCCAGACCGCAAUAUGGCUAACACCCUUCUCGAUGCGGCGCGUGUCGCAGGUCACGCUGGGCUCACUAAUACGAGUUCUCGACAAAUGGUCACUGGCCUCUUCGUUCGUCGGACUAUUGAAUCUCUACUUGCCAGAAUAUCUGCUCAGUCGUUGAGCGUCCAGCCGCUUCAUCUACGACAUCUGACCAUUGUACGCACUAGCAUAACAGUUGAUGGCGUUGCCCAGUUCACCCAUUACUCUUGGGAUAUCUUUCUCCAAUUGGUUGCCGAACACGCUAUUGAUGUAUCUGGGAUCCCUGGAGCAAAGCAAGCAUUGGCAAUGGCGAACGCCAAGAAGGAUGCGGCGUCUAAUGAGAAGACUGCGAAGGUCAUCAAAAUCGAUGCUUAUGGCUUUCCUAUUCAGAAUGCACUCUCUCUCCAGGUCAAGAAUGGCGAAUGCAACUUCUCAACGCUCAUUCGGGCCGCCGGACCGGGAGAUGUUCUAGCAAAGGUUGGCGAACCUAUCCUGGUCAAAGAUCCCGGCCAGAGACCGAUCGUCACGCUGCGCGAGAUAUUACCCGAAGAAACCCGUGUCAAAAAAUCGUCCCUACUCACGAACCCUGCAGGGCUUGGAAGUCCUCAAGCCCGGACAACCGCGACACCUACUAAGAAGAAUGUCAACGAGGCGGUCGCCGGCGGGAUUGUGAGGGGCCGGCCUCGAAAAUAUGCGCGAGGUACAGAAAGCUUCUGGAGGCGGAUCUUCCUCGAGGCAAGAACGAAUGCUGGCAUGUCUAAGAAGGAUCACAAAGGCGUCAUGAAAGAUCCUGCUGGUCUUGCUCUGUACGCCCGCCGUCCUCCUGGUUUUGAUGAUACACUGUCGAGAGGCAUCGAUGCUGGGCUUCCUGUUCCACACCACAUUGAAGAUAUCAAUGAAGCUUGGGUGGCUUCCACAAAGAGUGUACUCGAUCGAUCAUCCGCAGGCCUGUAUAUUACACCAAAAGGGGUGCACCACAGCAAGAUCAAAUCACAGUCGCAAAUUUUGAUAUUCAAAUCCAGCCGCUUACAAGAAGUCAGCUUCCGUAACAGGAACGUCCCUCACAAAUGUCGAUUCAUAUCUUCUAGCAUUGCUCACAGCUUUACAUACCCACUUCUACCUUCCUCUCUUUCCGAACGAGAGGAUCUUCGCAGAGUUUCAAAAGCCAGAAUAUUGGCUAAAGAAAAGUCAGAUCGCUCUAAACAGCAAUCGAGAGAGCAGGAGGUUUCUGCUGCCGAAGUCUUGCAUACGGACGAGGAGUCGGCUGCAACGCCUCCAUCAUAUGCCUUAUUGACAACAAGUCAGGCUGCUUCGCACGAGGCCUCAAUAGUCUCGACGAAUGAAGAGCUUGUCCAGCCUGGGUAUAAGUCGAAUCCUACAUGUGCCUCACCAGCUGUUUUGCCCGAGCUCGAGACUGAAUCGCAAGAUAUCAAGCUGCCUAGUGGGAAACGUCCACCACCACCACCACCACCACCACUGAAAUAUGCGCCCGUCCGUUCGGGGGAGAUUGAUAAUAGCCACAUUGCAGCUGGAUUGAGCGAGCAGGUCUCCGAUAGCGGAUCACGACCCUCGUCUGGUGUUCCUGUCUAUCCACAGACUGGCGGUAUGCUCGUACCAAGAUCAAAUGAUGCGAAUCAACUCUUCUUGCAGACAGAUCUGAGUCCUUCGGAUGGAGAAAAUGCAUUCGAGAGCAACUCUCCUGUAGAUGCACUUGUCAACGAAGGUGAACGUAUUCUCAAGAAUGUCCUUGCUGUUGCCACCACAAGCGCUGAAAGAUCAGCAGAUACUCCGUUGCAAGAUCAUAUCGAGCAGUCUGUCCCGGAGGACUCAGGAAAAGCUUCGGCUUUGUCCGUUAAUUCUCACAUAAGUGCAGAAACCACGCCUACACUGGCUCUGGCUCGUCAUGAGAGCUGGCCACCCUCGGAGGUUGACGGCGAGUUUGUCCCUUCCGGUGCUGCAACUCCGCGACGCAGAAAACGAACGACACAAAAGCGGCACCGAGAAGAAACUGCAUCAGAUUCUGACGAAUUUCCAUCACAAACACAGACACAAGGGUCAAGUCGAGAAGCCUUGAAGGUCGGUGCCUUGUGUCGCAAGAUUGUUUUCCAGCUGGUCUCGGAGACAUCAGGAGUUGCACCGAAUGAUGCCUCCACCUUGAGAAGAAUUUCUACUGCCAGGUGGCAAGAAGCUGGCCAGCCAGACCGCCCUAUUCUCAAAACACUCAAAGCUGCCAUCAAAUCUUUAUGCGAACGGGGUAAACUACGGCAGGUCAUGUUCAGUCAUCGGAGUCGAACGGGGAUGAUGCUCAAGCGCGCAAUUCUCUUCCUUCCAAGCAUCAGUCCAGACUCUCAGGUUGUUCAAGACAUGAAACAAAAAAUCAUCGAUGCUGAGCCUGCAGACUACAUUCCACCACACUGGAGAGAUGAAGGCAAUCGCAAGCCUUUGAUUGGGAAGACAGCUUUCAACGUGGCGUCUGAUGAGGAGGAGACGCCACGUAAAAGAAGACGAGUAUCUUCAGCUGUUGACGAUGCAGCCAGCCCUUCGAUGGAGACUAGAGCAUUCAAACGUCAUCGAUCUAGCUCAACGGCCAUCUUGAUACCUGUGGACGAACGGACCACUUUAGAAAGAAGCGUGAGCGAAGAUGCAUCAGAUUUGGGACCUAUCAGAACUGUCGGCGUUCCAACUGCAGCAACUGGAUUUCUGACUCUGAAAGUGCCGCGUCUUGGCGCUCUGCCGACUGUCCAGAUCGACCGUUGGAUCAUCGAAAAUCCGGUCGUAGCGCUACGGUCUGACUCGAAUCCUUCCAACCCCUGGAAAGAUACCAGCACCAACGGUGGACGAAGUGUUCGGAAACCAAGAGCACGCUUAAAUGCGAAGAAAGUGAUCUGGGCAAAUGACGGCAAAUUAGACUUCCCAUCGUCCCUACAAGACAUUCUACAGAUGCCAGAUUUGAACGUUCAUUUCAAAGAUGUUCAAUCUGCCGAUAUUGGGCUGCAGCGCUUCGCCAGUGAAGUAGAGGCUGUCCGCGCUUGGGAGGAACAGGAAUCAAAAUUCUCCAGCCGGACAAAAUACGCUUUCAUCAACCAUGGCGUUCCCAAGGCACUCUACGCGCGUGCUCUUGUUCCCGCCGCGAUUAGCUUCGAGACUCUUGUACAAUUUUCCAACAAGGACCAAGUCGAGGUCGAAGUUCCUUUGCCUCCGACGAAGUCAUGGCCUAAUUUUGUGUCAGCACUGGAGGCACCUACAGAGUCGUUGCAGCGCAUUGCAUGGCUACCGAGCGACCAUUCACCUACGCAGCCACCUUCCGCCCCUCAAGCGGAAAUUGCUGCAUCUCGCUCUAAAAGACCUUACAAACGCAAACCAUCCACGGAAGACAUCGAUUUUGAACCAGAAUUUGAGCCUCAGCCCAAGCGCCAGAGAGGUGGCGCCAGAGGUCUACAAGUCACGAGCAGCAAACGUGGAAAUGCCAGAGGACGUGUGAGCCGGACAGAAAGACCAGCCCGAGGCACCCAGCACCUCCGCAACAUGGCCGAGCAUGACAUAUACCGUAUCGUCAUCGCCGUGAUUGUCGUGCGCACUCUCGCAGGUGGCCUAGAAAGUUACAUCGACUGGCCACUCGUGAUGAAGUUGUUUCCCGACCGCACCCAGGACUUUGUCGCGGACCGGUGGAAGACGCUCUCGAAGAAAUAUCCCCGCGACAUCAACUCGCUGACGAACAAUCUGCAGUGGAAAUACCUCGAAGCUCUAGAGGCUGACGAAGUGCCAUCCGUCAACUUUGAAGACCUAGCAUCGACAGAUUGGGCCGGCAUCAUUGACUGGGCGCUAAAGAAGCUCGAUAACUUGAACUCGGAACAGAUAGGAGAAUUACCCGACACUCGCGACGAAUUCGACAAGACAACCAAAUUGUCCUUCACAGAACCCAAGCGCUACCACAACCUGCUUGGAUAUAAUCUGAACAUUACGAAUCCAGCCAGGGAAGACCUAAUAAGCUCUCUUAUCUUCGGACAUACUCAUCCUGCCAGCAUUUCCACUGACAACACUCUGUCAGUGAAAAAACGAAUGCAAAUGCAAUACACUCCACGCUUCGAAUCCGAAAUGUCCGAUCCGACAUUCCACCUCGCCAAGUCCUGGGCUCUAUCUACGGUCCUGACGCCUCAGGAAUCCUUUGACCCGUCCGUCGCGCUGGCCAAACUAUCUCGCCUGGCUCCCACGGCGGCCAUGCGAGACACGCUCCUUGCACGCGUGCUGAAACUACUACAGGAUGAGAAAAUCAUCCAGCGCGUGUCCAAGGACCGAAACGGCCACGACACCGUGUCCAGCGUGCGGUCAUGGGAGCCGGCUCGAAAGCUGUUUGAGCGUUUCGAUGAGCGCCGUAUGAUCACGCCGAGCAUGCUCCGUCGCGCCGCGGCGUACAAGCUCGACGUUCUCGACGCUGCCUUUGCGCGCGGCGAGAGCGCCGCGGCGGUGGUGUUUGAAAGCGACCAGAUCGUCGACGACGCCCAGAUGGUCGCCGUGCUCAACCUCUACAGCCAGGGCGUCGUGCGCUUCCAACCGGGCCGCGACGUGCCUCGGACUCGCUAUGGCCUUGAGCACGAAAAAGUUGGCUACCAGACCCGCAGCAUGGACAAGAGGGUCCUGAGUUUCGCCGUCGACAUCUACACGACGUCGCCGACUUCGUGGGUCUCGGGAGAUCCUGCUGCCGCUGGCCGACAGCUUCGUGUCCCGCGACGCGGAGGACACGUAGACGAUGAGGAACAGGAUGGCUUGAUCCCCGCAUGGGUCGACAUCAAUGGCCACGUGCAAGUGCACCUGUGGGAGAUGUUCGUUGGCGGAGUCGUGGGACUGCUGGCGCAGAUGCCCGGAGCCACGGCCGCCGAGAUCUCAAGGGCCAUCGGUUUUGCCUUGGAUAUGCACGAAGUAGAGCUAUUGAUGGGCUGGUGCGUCCAAGCGGGCUUUGCAAAGGUGCACAUGCAUUCUGGAGGCUACGAGACUACAGAGUGGUGGUGGUUGUGUCUUUCAAAAGGUGCCGAGGGUGGAUGGACAUGGACUGUUUGAGAUUUCUUUCUUGCCUUUUUUGUUUUCGAGGAUUGAUUCACUUUCAACAACAAUUGGAACGGCUUUUUGAUGACAAGCGUGGAGUUGGGCCCCAUCAUAGGUACGGAGUUCUUUUUCCUUGGAAUUGUCACAUUUUCACGAUCAGUUUCGAACUGGAAAGGGAAAGGGAAAGGGAAAGGGAAAUGGGAGUUGGGCUGGCAAUGGUAAUGGUAAUGGGAAUAAAGCAACGAACAAGACACGAAAGACUAGCUUCGUUGACUGAGGCUCUGGCUUCAAUGUAUUAUGCAUCCACCAAAGGUCAAAACUACAGAGUC